GCCGCACAUUGAAGCCAAGAUCAGAUCUACCAGGAUGUUCACUUGAAGAAGUGGCUAAAGAGAUAUCAGAGAACAGUGGACAGUGUAUACCAAUACAAUGUGAUCACAGUAAAGAUGAAGAUAUUAAAGCUCUCUUUGACCGGGUUAAGGAGGAGCAGAAGGGAAAACUGGACAUCAUGGUCAACAAUGCUUAUUCUGCAGUAAAUGCUAUAGGAGAAGCUAUGGGAAAGCCAUUUUGGGAGCAGCCAACAACCAUGUGGGACACUGUGAACAAUGUUGGACUUAGAAAUCACUACAUCUGCUCAGUAUAUGCCAGCCAAAUCAUGGUGCCAAGAAAAGAAGGACUUAUUGUGAAUAUUUCGUCUGCUGGAGGCUUGUCAUAUCUUUUCAAUGUGGCCUAUGGCAUUGGCAAGGAAGCGUGUGACCGUAUGGCAGCAGAUUGUGCGAUUGAGCUGCGAAAACAUAAAGUUGCCUUUGUCAGCUUGUGGCCUGGUGCUGUCCAGACGGAACAUAUUACCAAAAUGAUGGCCUCAGAAAAAGGAAAUGAUGUGAAACUGCCUGGAGUCAAACCUGAAGUUGUGAAGAAGAUUUUUGAAAAUGGGGAAACGCCUCAGUUUGCAGGGAUGUGCAUUGCCAAGCUGGCAACAGAUCCAAAUAUCAUGCAGAAGACUGGGAAAGUGUUGAUGACAUCAGAUCUUGCUAAUGAAUAUGAUUUAACAGAUGUUAAUGGGAGAAAACCAAUGGGCAUGCGUUCUGUCAAGACCUUAUUGAAUUACAACGGGAACACUUGGCUUGCUGCUGUAGUGCCAAGGUUCCUCAAGGUGCCUCUUUGGAUGGUGGCCUUGAGAGGAAAGAAGUUGUGA